AAACCGAGGGGAGUUGUGAAGGGCGCGGGCUUGGGGGCGCGCUGCCGUCCUCGUGGGUACGUCCGCCGCCGCGUUUGUCCCAGAGCUGGGGCCGCAGGAGCGCAGAGGCACAAUGGCAGCCACCAUCAGGAGGCAGAGGCCAAGGAGGCUAGCCUGUUGGGUCAUGAUGGCUGUGCUCUUGGCAGACCUGUUGGCACUGAGUGACACAUUGGCUGUGAUGUCUGUGGACCUGGGUAGCGAGUCCAUGAAGGUGGCCAUUGUCAAACCUGGAGUGCCCAUGGAAAUUGUCUUGAACAAGGAAUCCCGGAGGAAAACCCCAGUGACUGUGACCCUGAAAGAAAAUGAAAGGUUCUUUGGAGACAGUGCAGCAAGCAUGGCCAUCAAGAACCCGAAGGCAACGCUGCGUUAUUUCCAGCACCUCCUGGGGAAGCAGGAGGGAAACCCCCACGUGGCCCUUUACAGAGCUCGUUUUCCAGAGCAUGAGCUAGGCUUCGACCCACAGAGGCAGACUGUGCACUUCCAGAUCAGCCCGCAGCUACAGUUCUCACCUGAGGAGGUACUUGGCAUGAUUCUCAAUUACUCCCGUUCCCUGGCUGAGGAUUUUGCAGAGCAGCCCAUCAAGGACGCAGUGAUCACGGUGCCAGCCUUCUUCAAUCAGGCUGAGCGCCGAGCUGUGCUGCAGGCCGCUCGCAUGGCUGGCCUCAAAGUGCUACAGCUCAUCAACGACAACACCGCCACGGCCCUCAGCUAUGGUGUCUUCCGCCGGAAAGAUAUCAACAGCACUGCCCAGAACGUCAUGUUCUACGACAUGGGCUCUGGCAGCACUGUGUGCACCAUCGUGACCUACCAGACAGUGAAGACCAAGGAGGCGGGGAUGCAGCCGCAGCUGCAGAUCCGGGGUGUGGGAUUUGACCGCACCCUGGGGGGCCUGGAGAUGGAGCUCCGGCUGCGUGAGCACCUGGCAAAGCUUUUCAAUGAACAGCGUAAGGGCCAGAGAGCAAAGGAUGUGCGGGAGAACCCCCGUGCUAUGGCCAAGCUGCUGCGGGAGGCGAAUCGACUCAAGACCGUCCUGAGUGCCAACGCUGAUCACAUGGCACAGAUCGAGGGCCUGAUGGACGAUGUGGACUUCAAGGCAAAAGUGACCCGAGUGGAGUUUGAAGAGCUGUGUGCAGAUUUAUUUGAGCGAGUACCUGGGCCUGUACAGCAGGCCCUCCAGAGUGCUGAGAUGAAUUUGGAUGAGAUUGAGCAGGUGAUCCUGGUUGGUGGGGCCACCCGGGUCCCUAAAGUUCAGGAGGUGCUGCUGAAGGCUGUGGGCAAGGAGGAACUAGGGAAGAACAUCAACGCCGACGAAGCAGCCGCCAUGGGGGCUGUGUACCAGGCAGCCGCGCUCAGCAAAGCCUUCAAGGUGAAGCCGUUUGUAGUCCGAGAUGCGGUCAUCUACCCCAUCCUGGUGGAGUUCACGAGGGAGGUGGAGGAGGAGCCCGGGGUUCGCAGCCUGAAGCACAAUAAGCGUGUUCUCUUCUCCCGAAUGGGGCCCUACCCUCAACGCAAAGUCAUCACCUUUAACCGCUACAACCACGACUUCAAUUUCCACAUCAACUAUGGUGACCUGGGCUUUCUGGGGCCUGAGGAUCUUAGGGUCUUUGGCUCCCAGAAUUUGACCACGGUGAAGCUAAAAGGUGUGGGUGAGAGCUUCAAGAAGUAUCCUGACCACGAGUCCAAGGGCAUCAAGGCUCACUUCAACCUGGAUGAGAGCGGCGUGCUCAGCCUCGUCAGGGUGGAGUCUGUAUUUGAGACCCUGGUGGAGGACAGCCCAGAAGAGGAAUCUACCCUGACCAAACUCGGCAACACCAUCUCUAGCCUGUUUGGAGGUGGCGCGACAGCAGACACUAAAGAGAACGGUACGGACGCCGUCCAGGAGGAAGAGGAAAGCCCUGCUGAGGGGAGCAAGGAUGAGCCUGGGGAGCAAGCGGAGCUCAAGGAGGAGGCCGAGGCCCCAGAGGAGGACACUCCUCAGCCCCCACCCGCCGAGCCGAAGGAGGAUGCAGCCUCUGAGGAAGAAAAGGCUGCAGAAAAAGAAAACGAGGAAAAGUCUGAGGCCCAGAAGCCAAGUGAGAAAAAGGAAGCAGGGUCUGAGGGUGUUCCUCCAACCCCAGAGGAAGAAAAGAAGCAGAAGCCUGCCCGGAAGCAGAGAAUGGUAGAGGAGAUCGGGGUGGAGUUGGUGGUUCUGGACCUGCCUGACUUACCUGAGGAUGAGCUGGCCCGCUCGGCGCAAAAACUUCAAGACUUGACGCUCCGAGACUUAGAGAAGCAGGAACGGGAAAAGGCUGCCAACAGCUUGGAAGCUUUUAUCUUUGAGACCCAGGACAAACUGUACCAGCCCGAGUACCAGGAUGUGUCCACCGAGGAGCAGCGUGAGGAGAUCUCUGGGAAGCUCAGCGCGGCCUCCACCUGGCUGGAGGAUGAGGGCUUUGGGGCCACCACAGUGAUGCUGAAGGAGAAGCUGACUGAGCUGAGGAAGCUGUGCCACGGGUUGUUUUUUCGGGUGGAAGAGCGCAAGAAGUGGCCUGAACGGCUGUCUGCCCUUGAUAAUCUCCUCAACCAUUCCAGCAUGUUCCUCAAGGGUGCCCGGCUCAUCCCAGAGAUGGACCAGAUCUUCACUGAGGUGGAGAUGGCGACAUUAGAGAGAGUCAUCAACGAGACCUGGGCCUGGAAGAAUGUGACCGUGGCCGAGCAGGCCAAGCUUCCCGCCACAGAGAAGCCCGUGUUGCUCUCAAAAGACAUCGAGGCCAAGAUGAUGGCCCUGGACCGUGAGGUGCAGUAUCUGCUCAAUAAGGCCAAGUUUACCAAGCCCCGGCCCCGGCCCAAGGACAAGAAUGGGACCCGGGCAGAGCCUCCCCUCAAUGCCAGUGACCAAGCGGAGAAGGUCAUCCCUCCACCAGGUCAGACUGAAGAUGCAAAGCCCAUUUCAGAACCUGAGAAAGAGACUCCAGGACCUGAGGCGGCAGAUGCCGAGCCUCUGGAGCUGGGAGGUCCUGGAGCAGCGGAACCAGAACAGAAGGAGCAACCCACAGGACAGAAGCCGACUUUGAAGAAUGAUGAACUAUAA